AUGGUCAGCUGCCCAAGGCAUUCUCAAUUUGGAGGGAUCUGGGCAUUAGCUAUUGAGAGGGGCUGCCGAAACCACGAGGAAGGCAGGUUAGCAACAAAAGCCAGCCCCAAAUGCGGCAAUGAUGAUGUCGGCCUGCCCACGGCGCCCCUCCAUCCGGACCCCAGCGCGCCGGUUGUCUUGACCGGAGAUAUUUCAAACUUCCUUCAUCAUCGCUUUUGUUCCUCUGGCAUACCCUGUUUCUUUGUCCUACGUAAGUCAUACUGGCCUACACCCUCGAGCUCGUGCGAACCUUGCGAAUCUCGCGCCCUACAAGUACUUCCGGUGACCCCGCGCUAA